CGCCGAGUACAUAUCAGUGUUUUCGAAAAAAAUCGUAUAAUUUGUUGUUAAUUUAUAGCGUGGAAUUGUUAAUUGUAAAAAAUCAUGACUACAAUAGGCCCUAAAAAGGAUGGUGGUCCUAAUGCUGAGUAUUUUCAGUCACCUGAAACACUUGCUCAGUUUGAUCUAAUUCGUGUUUGGUUACAAAAAAAUUGUAAAAAGCAUGUUCAAACCGAUCCACCAACCAAGGAAGGAUUAGCCCAACUUGUUGUUCAACUUAUUCAAUAUCAAGAGAGCAAGUUAGGCAAGAAUGCAUCAGAUCCACCCUUCCUGAGGCUUCCAAUGAAAGUGUUUAUGGACAUGAAGCCGGGCGGUUCUCUGUGCACGGUGCUCGCCACCAUGUUCCGUUUCAAGUCGGAGCAGCGGUGGCGUAAAUUCGACUUCCAGGUCGGUAAGAACCCUUCGCGCAAAGAUCUGAACGUGCAAAUGAUGAUGGAGAUCGAGUCGGCUUUGCUCGGUGCUGACGUCAUCCGCUCGCCCUGCGUCUACAUACGUUCGGAAGUCGAUAAGGCCACCGCUAAUAAGGUCAAAGACAUCGUUGUCAAUCAUCAAGGAGAGAUAUGCGAAGACGAAGAGGACGCUACGCAUAUAAUCUACCCGACGAUGGAUCCUCACGAGGAGGAGUACGCUCGUCCGGUGUUCAAACGCGGUAACCACGUACUCGUGCACUGGUACUAUCUACCAGACAGUCACGACACUUGGGCACAGGCCGAACUACCCGUGGAUACUCCUGAAGCCGUGAGUUGGGAGUGCACCCGAAGCGAGCCGUGGCGCGUCACCGCCUCGUGGGCGCUCGACCUGCCGCAAUACAACGAGUGGAUGAACGAGGAAGAUUACGAGGUCGACGCUAACGGGAAAAAGAAGACUCACAAAUUGCGCCUGUCCGUGGACGACCUCAUACCCGGCUCGGAGCCGUCAAGCAGGAGCAAGAAGGGAAGUAAGAGGAAGAGGUCGCCCUCCCCUCCACCACAAAAGCACAGCAAAAGGAAGAGUCGGUUGGCGAAGCGUCGCGAAAACGACGUGGACGAGGAGGAGGAUAACGCUUCCCGCGACAACACUGACGUCACGCCCGCGCCCGACGCCGAAAAACCGCCGGAGCCGAGCACCACCUCAGCUAGCGCCUCGAAUGCGAGUGCGAGUGCGAGUGGCAGUGCGAGUGCCAGUGCGGGCGCCACCGAGAGCGCGAGUGCCGUGGAGGCGCCCCCCACCCCAGCGCCGCAUCCCGACUCACACGAUGACUCGCAGGGAAAACAUUCUGACUCUAACACACAGGAAAUGCUUACCAAAGAAGAACUGGAGGACAACGUGACGGAUCAGACUCACCACAUCGUCGUGCCCUCGUACUCCGCCUGGUUCGACUACAACUCCAUACACAUGAUCGAGAAACGCGCCCUACCAGAGUUUUUCAACGGAAAGAACAAGUCGAAAACUCCUGAAAUAUAUCUAGCCUACAGGAACUUCAUGAUCGACACGUACCGCCUGAACCCGACCGAGUACCUGACGAGCACGGCGUGCCGCCGGAACCUGGCGGGCGACGUGUGCGCCAUCAUGCGCGUGCACGGCUUCCUGGAGCAGUGGGGACUCGUCAACUACCAGCUGGAAACCGAGUCGCGUCCGACGGCGAUGGGUCCGCCUCCGACGUCCCACUUCCACGUGCUGUCGGACACGCCGUCCGGACUGCAGCCGCUCAUAUCGCGGCCCGCGCAGCCCAGACCAGCCGAGAACGUUCCUAAAGUGGAGCCCGGUCUGCCCAACGGGGCGGAGAGCGGCGCCGCCCCGCCCGCAGCCCCGCUCAAGGUGGAGCCGGGACCAGAACUGCCUUCCGCGCCCGGGAUCAAACUCGACCAGUACCGCGGAGGACAGCGCGGACGGGAGUGGACAGACCAGGAAACCCUUCUGCUGCUCGAAGGCCUGGAGCUACACCGCGACGACUGGAACCGCGUGGCCGCGCACGUCGGCACCAGGACCCAGGACGAGUGCAUCCUGCACUUCCUGCGGCUGCCCAUCGAGGAGCCGUAUCUGGACGAGCCGGGCUCGGCCGGAGUUUUAGGGCCGCUGGCCUACCAGCCCAUACCCUUCAGCAAGACCGGCAACCCGGUCAUGAGUACCGUCGCUUUCUUGGCCUCGGUCGUCGACCCCCGCAUCGCGGCCAAAGCCACCAAAGCCGCGAUGGAUGAAUUUGCUGCUAUCAAGGACGAGGUGCCGGCCGCCAUGAUGGAGGCGCACGUGAAGGCGGCGGGCGCGCACGGAGCCGCCGCCGCGCUCGCCGCCACCGGCAUCGCCGGCACCGCGCCCGAGCCCACAGGCGAAAAGAAAGAAGGCGGUUCAGAAGUAAAGAACGAGCCGAUGGAAGUGGAGGAGAGCGACGCUAAGGUCAAGGAGGAACCGUCGGAACAAGCUCCGCCCGAAGACAAGGACGCCAAAGACGAGCCCGCGUCGCCGCAACCCUCAGAAGCCCCAGCUACUGUGGACGCCAAGCUGCAGUCUGCCGCGUCUGCCGCGUUGGCCGCUGCGGCAGUUAAAGCCAAACAUCUCGCCGGCGUCGAGGAACGUAAGAUCAAGUCACUAGUGGCGCUCCUCGUCGAAACGCAGAUGAAGAAAUUGGAAAUUAAACUUAGGCAUUUUGAAGAACUAGAAGCCACCAUGGAGAGGGAACGGGAAGGCCUGGAAUAUCAACGGCAGCAGCUGAUACAGGAGCGACAGCAGUUCCACUUGGAGCAGCUCAAAGCAGCCGAGUUCCGAUCGAAGCAUCAGGCGCAUCAAAGGUUGCAAGCCGAGAACGCGGGACUGGCGGCCGCCGCCAACCCCGAGCAGCCGCCGCCCGCCGACGCGCAGCCCGCGCCGCAGCCCGCACACGCUUAGACCACUCAGGCGGGUGACACACAAGAAAAGUAGGCAGCGGCUUGGCUCUGUCCCUGGCAUUGCUGAAGUCCAUGGGCGACGGUAACCACACACCAUCAGGUGGGCCGUAUGCUCGUCUGCCUACAAGGGCAAUUAAAAAAACCCACUACUCCUACACCUCCAGUCGAGCCCUCAUUGCUGAGCAUCGGGAUGCGCCCGUCUGUGACGUUUUUUUUGUAAUUUGUAUCCACUUAUGUCGGUCACUCCAAUCUUUUUUGGCACCGAUCUAUGGAUCUUCAUCCAUCCACUUUACCCACUACAAGCAGCAGUUUAUGUCAAUAAAUUAUAGCUUUUAUAAGUGGUGAAUUUGGCACUAAUUAUCAUGUCGCAGAAGCGUCCGGCUUGAGGAGAAUUUUACUUAGUGUCUCAAGGUGUUUAGACUCCAUUACCCUCUUAAUAACUACCAACCUGCCUACUCCAACAAAAGUUUAAAAAAAACGCAAGCAAUUUUAUGCGACUUUGUUAACAUAAAGACUGAUGUCUUACUACUAUACAAAGCGUUUUACCAUGAGAUUAAAGUAAACUAUAGGCUGGUCAGUAACAUGUCUAACAAAAGAUCAAUGGCCUCUUCAAUAAAUGUGAAUAAAAUUUAUGAGUAAUUAGACCGUCUUUAUGUCUUUAGUAUUAUCGAACACGAGAUGAAAGAAUAAUAAACUGAGUUCAUUGCCCCAUAUUAGUUAAUAACAUUACACUACAUUAGUGACAAAAUAAAGCUCUUUAAUUAUAAGUAUAAAUUUAAUAAACAUGACUUGUUAGUACGCUAUGUUGAAUUUUUCGUAUCAACAAAGAUCUUUUAUGGAUGUGAUUUGUGCUCGUGGAUUGUGUAGAAAAUCAAUGUAUGUUUGAUGUGAAUUUAGAAAUAUUUCUGAAUUAUUAUUUAGUGUAACAAUAAAUUAAUUAGGUUAAGGUAUAAUUAUAAUUUGUUUCUCAAGCGCUAACUCUGAUUGAGUUGUGAAA